CGGGGCCGCACCACGUGGGCGGGCGGACGGCGCUGUCCUUCGGCGGGCCCAUGGUCAUCCGAGCGGGCGACAUGCCGCCGGCCGCCGUGCCGGCCGCGCAGGGCGCCGAGCAGCAGCACCCGGCCCCCCGCGCCAGCCGCCCCGCCGACACGCAGCAGCGCCCCGAGCACCCGGCGGGCGUGGCCCUGAUGAAUGGCAGCGGCCCCCAUGACAGCCUCAAGGGCGAGAAGGACGCCAGGCAGAACGGCCACGAGGAGGCUGAGCCGGGAGAGGAUGGCAACGACCAGGAGGUCAUCGUCAUCCAGGACACGGGAUUUACUGUCAAGAUCUGUGCACCAGGGAUAGAGCCCUUUUCCCUGCAGGUUUCUCCUCAAGAGAUGGUACAAGAAAUCCAUCAGGUUCUGAUGGACAGGGAGGACACCUGCCACCGGACCUGCUUCUCCCUGCAGCUGGACGGCAACGUCCUGGAUAACUUCGCUGAGCUGAAGACGAUUGAAGGGCUGCAGGAGGGCUCACUGCUGAAAGUGGUGGAAGAGCCGUACACGGUGCGAGAAGCCAGGAUACACGUGCGCCACAUUCGGGACCUUCUCAAGAGCCUUGACCCAUCAGAUGCUUUCAAUGGUGUGGACUGUAACUCACUGUCCUUCUUGAGUGUCUUCACUGAAGGAGACCUGGGAGACAGUGGAAAGCGGAAGAAGAAAGGUACCGAAAUGGAACAAAUUGACUGCACCCCUCCUGAACAUAUCCUGCCAGGUAGCAAAGAGAGGCCCCUGUGUGCCCUUCAGCCCCAGAACAGAGACUGGAAGCCUUUGCAGUGCCUAAAGGUGCUGACAAUGAGUGGCUGGAACCCUCCCCCGGGUAACAGGAAGAUGCACGGGGACCUGAUGUACUUGUACGUCAUCACGGUGGAGGAUCGGCACGUCAGCAUCACGGCCUCCACCCGGGGAUUCUACUUGAACCAGUCUACUGCAUACAACUUCAAUCCCAAACCUGCAAACCCCAGUUUUCUCAGUCAUUCCUUGGUGGAACUACUUAACCAGAUCAGCCCUACCUUCAAAAAAAACUUCUCUGCUCUGCAGAAGAAACGGGUUCAGAGACACCCCUUUGAGAGGAUAGCCACUCCUUUCCAAGUGUACAGCUGGACAGCUCCACAGGCAGAGCACGCCAUGGACUGUGUGCGGGCAGAGGACGCCUACACCUCGAGGCUGGGCUAUGAGGAGCACAUACCUGGACAGACCAGAGACUGGAAUGAGGAGCUGCAGACCACACGGGAGCUGCCACGCAAGAACCUGCCUGAGAGGCUGCUGAGGGAACGAGCCAUUUUCAAGGUACACAGUGACUUCACUGCAGCAGCAACACGAGGUGCUAUGGCUGUCAUCGAUGGCAACGUCAUGGCCAUCAACCCCAGCGAGGAGACCAAGAUGCAGAUGUUCAUCUGGAACAACAUUUUCUUCAGCCUGGGCUUCGACGUCCGCGACCACUACAAGGACUUUGGUGGAGACGUUGCCGCGUACGUCGCUCCGACCAACGACCUCAAUGGUGUGCGGACCUACAACGCCGUGGAUGUGGAAGGGCUGUACACGCUGGGGACUGUUGUGGUGGAUUACAGAGGUUACAGGGUCACAGCUCAGUCUAUUAUUCCUGGCAUCUUGGAGCGGGAGCAGGAACAGAGUGUCAUCUAUGGGUCAAUAGACUUUGGCAAGACAGUUGUGUCACACCCCAAGUACCUGGAGCUGCUGGAGAAGACCAGCAGGCCGCUGAAGAUCCAGAAGCACAAAGUUCUCAACGACAAGAACGAGGAGGUGGAGCUGUGCUCCUCAGUAGAGUGCAAAGGCAUCAUUGGCAAUGACGGGCGUCACUACAUCCUGGACCUGCUACGCACUUUCCCUCCAGAUCUAAACUUCCUGCCUGUUGAAGGGGAGGAGAUGCCCGAGGAAUGUAAGAAAAUGGGGUUCCCCAAGCAGCACAGACACAAGCUUUGCUGUCUCCGGCAAGAGCUUGUUGAUGCCUUUGUAGAACACAGGUAUCUGUUAUUCAUGAAGCUGGCUGCACUGCAGCUGAUGCAGCAGAAAGCCAACAAGCAGGAGAGCUCAGCUGCUCUGGAAAAUGGUGCCUCUGCAGAGAACGGCGCCGCAGACAGCGAGAGGCCCGAGUCAGAGGAUGGGAAACUCGACGAUGGCGUGACUGGGCUGGAUCAGGUGAAGGAGCUCGCCGAGACCAUGGCAUCUGAUGAUGGAGCAGUGGAUCCCAAAAGCAGAGAAGUGAUUCGGAAUGCUUGCAAGGCUGUGGGCUCCAUUAGUGACACCUCCUUUGAUAUUCGGUUUAACCCAGAUAUUUUCUCACCAGGUGUUCACUUCCCUGAGUCGAGCAAAGAGGAGGUGCAGGAUCAGAAGCAGCUGCUGAAGGAUGCUGCUGCAUUCCUGCUGUCAUGCCAGAUCCCAGGCUUGGUGAAGGACUGCCUGGACCACACGGUGCUCCCAAUGGAUGGGGCCACCUUGGCUGAGGCCAUGCACCAGAGGGGCAUCAACAUGCGCUACCUGGGCAAGGUGAUCAACUUCAUCAGCAAGACCCCCGGCCGUGCACAGCUGGAUCACAUCUUUAAAAUCGGAAUCAGCGAAUUGAUCACUCGAUCAGCCAAACACAUCUUCAAGACAUACCUCCAGGGUGUGGAGCUGUCAGGUUUAUCUGCUGCAAUCAGCCACUUCCUCAAUUGUUUUCUGACCUUCCCAAAUCCCAUUGCCCAUCUUCCAGCUGAUGAGCUGGUCUCUAAGAAGAAGAAUAAGAAAAGGAAAAACAGGAACCUUGGAAAUGCUGAUAACACAGCAUGGGCCAGCAUGACCCCUCAGGAGCUAUGGAAGAAUAUUUGUUCAGAAGCAAAGAACUAUUUUGAUUUCAGUCUUGAAUGUGAGAAUGCUGACCAAGCAGCUGAAAUGUAUAAUCUGCAGAAAAUCACCCUGCUCCGUGAAAUCUCCCUCAAAACUGGAGUCCAGAUCCUGCUGAAGGAGUACAACUUCGACAACAGGCACAAGCCCACUUUCACAGAAGAGGAUAUUCUUAACAUCUUCCCUGUAGUGAAGCACGUGAACCCCAAAGCCUCCGAUGCUUUCCACUUCUUCCAGAGCGGGCAAGCAAAAGUUCAGCAAGGUUUCUUGAAGGAGGGCUGUGAGCUCAUCAAUGAAGCCUUAAACCUGUUCAACAAUGUGUAUGGUGCUAUGCAUGUAGAAAUCUGUGCCUGCUUGAGGCUGCUAGCUCGGCUCAACUACAUCAUGGGAGAUUACUCAGAGGCCUUAAGCAAUCAGCAGAAAGCGGUGCUAAUGAGCGAGAGGGUCCUGGGCAUCGAGCACCCCAACACCAUCCAGGAAUAUAUGCACCUGGCUCUGUACUGCUUUGCAAACAGCCAGCUCUCGACAGCACUGAACCUGCUGUACCGUGCACGCUACCUCAUGCUGUUGGUAUUUGGGGAGGAUCACCCAGAAAUGGCACUCUUAGAUAACAACAUUGGCCUGGUGCUCCAUGGGGUCAUGGAGUAUGACCUGUCCCUGCGGUUCCUGGAGAACGCCCUGGCCAUCAGCUCCAAGUACCACGGCUCCAAGUCUUUGAAGGUUGCACUGAGCCACCACUUGGUUGCCCGAGUGUACGAGAGCAAAGCCGAGUUCCGGUCGGCUCUGCAGCACGAGAAGGAAGGCUACACCAUCUACAAGAACCAGCUCGGUGAACACCAUGAAAAGACCAAAGAGAGCUCCGAGUACUUGAAAUACCUGACGCAGCAGGCGGUGGCUCUGCAGCGCACAAUGAACGAGAUCUACAAGAACGGCUCCAACGCCAACAUCAUGCCACUGAAGUUCACAGCUCCCAGUAUGGCCAGUGUCCUGGAGCAGCUGAACAUUAUCAAUGGAAUUCUCUUCAUUCCACUAAGCCAAAAAGACUUGGAGAACCUUAAAGCAGAGGUGCAGCGACGCCAGCAGCUCCAGGAAAGCAUGAAAAGUGGGGAACAGCUGGAAGCAGAGGACAAGGCUGUGGAGGAGAAAGAGGCUGAGCCAAGCAUGCCUUCCGCUGCCAUCCCCUUAACACAGAGCUCUGCUUAAUGUGUACCUUGCUUUAAAAAAAAAAAAAAAAAAAAAAAAAAAAAAAAAAAAAAAAAAAAAAAAGUUUAAACCACCCUUUUCUGAAUCUGGCCCAGGGCCUUAGCUGCCCUUGGAGCAGCUCCUCCUUUUUGACAAUGUUAUUGCACUGGUACAAUUAAUACACAAUGCAAAGAACUAAUGUGAGCAAUGUACUCUGUCUGCCCAGGCUGUGCGUGCCACGCGAGGGGCAGGGCCGGAGGCACCUCCUGCCGUGUGUGUGUCCGUGUCGUGUGUGCCCAGCAGUUAUUUCUACUUUGUACAUACCAAUUCCAAAUGAACUGUCUGGAGGAAUGUAACAUUUCUCAGGUCAUUUUUAUGUUGACUAAGGACACUGCUUUGCUAAACCAGUCAAGAACCAGCCCCAUCACUGCUCCGCGUUCCUGUAAAACGUGGAUUCCAAGCCAAAAGAUUGAUUUCCCCCCAGUCACUACUCGAGAUUGUGCUAAGAACAGCCAUAGUUGUGUUGCAGAGGUGACUGAAGCCUGUGACAUGUGGAGGUGGGGAAUGUACAGCAUUUUCUACAUCAGGAUAUAGCCAUGGGAUUCCUUUAACCAUUUUUUUUCUAUGUUUGGUUGGCAGUUUGGCAAUCCAGUGGGGUUUUGUAACAUUCACAUUCUAAUUUUCAAGGUAAAGAUAUAGAGAUAUAUAUAUAGAUAUAUAUAUAUAGAGAUAUAUAUAUAUAUAUAUGAUAUUCACCGUUCCACCUGUGCUCUGCUUGCAGCUGAGUAACUUGGGAUACUGUAUCCAAAGAGUGAGGGCUUGAUCUUUAAAAAAGCGCACAAACUUCCAUUGCAGUGGAAACCCCAGUGCCUCAGAGAGGUGGGAAUGCAGCAAGUGAGGGCUGAGCUAAGGGGAGUGAGGAGGGAAUGACAGCCCUAUUUAGGGCAGGAGAGAGGGGAGGAAAAUUCAGAAAUAGAGACCUGGUGUCAUUUGCAACAGCAGCUGUGGACAGAGAGCUGAGGGCCCUGAACCUGGCAGAAUCACAACCAGAAAGAGCCGGGUUUUGGGAAGGGGUUUAA